AACACAUUGCAAGUGAAGACGAUACGGUCACAAAGCUGCGAAGCAAAUCCAAUCAUGAAAUUUUUGGUGGUAAUUGGUUUCUUGGCAUUAGUGUCGGCUGCUCCCGCACCGCAACGUCAGCCAGGUGCCCCAAAUCCACAAGAAGUUCAAAUUCUUCGCCUCGAAACUGAAAACGACGGCCUCGGCUCGUACAGAUAUGCUUUGGAACAAAGCGAUGGCACGAAGAAGGAAGAGCAAGGGGAACUGAAGAACGCUGGUAAAGAUGACGAGGCGAUCUCGGUCAGGGGAUCUUACGCCUGGGUUGGACCUGACGGUGUGACAUACAUUGUUACUUAUCUUGCUGAUGAAAACGGUUUUCAACCAACGAUAGAACAGGGCCCAGGUGGUGCUGUGCCUUCUGCUGUCAUCGCGUCCCUCGUCGGCUGAUCAACAAAUAACCCAAAACCUAGUCGCCAAAUAAAUUACCAUAUUUUUUUAA